AUGAGUUUAUGACUAAAAAUAUGAUACAUUUCACUCAUUUAACACAUACACGACCAGUGCUUAACUCGCGUUUGAUUCAGUUUAAGGAGCGUAACAUGUGAAAGUGUUUAUUUUUCCCUUUUGCAAAAAUGCAUCUACAUUUUGAAAGGACACUGAAUGCCAAGAGUGAUUGUCCUAUUCUUUCGUUGACGUGGAUGGGUAAAGUUCCUGACGAAUUGCCAGAAGAUGAAGGAUGGAAAUUAAAUAGGACCAAUUACUACCAAGAAGGAUGGCUUGCAACAGGAAAUGUAAGAGGCAUUGUUGGUGUUACUUUUACUACAAGCCACUGUAAAAAAAAUGUUGAGUUUCCUCUCCGUACAAAUUAUAACCUUAGGGGCCACAGAUCGGAGGUGAUAUUAGUAAAAUGGAACGAACCUUAUCAGAAGCUAGCAUCAUGUGAUAGUUCAGGUAUUAUUUUUGUAUGGAUCAAAUACGAAGGUCGCUGGUCAAUAGAAUUAAUUAACGACAGGAAUACGCCUGUGACUCAUUUCUCUUGGUCCCACGAUGGCAGAAUGGCUUUAAUUUGUUAUCAGGAUGGUUUUGUUUUGGUGGGUUCAGUGGCUGGCCAAAGAUAUUGGUCUUCAAUGUUGAACUUAGAAGCGACAAUAACAUGCGGAAUUUGGACUCCAGACGACCAACAAGUUUAUUUCGGAACAACCUCCGGACAAAUCAUUGUUAUGGAUGUCCAUGGUGCGAUGGUGUCUCAAGUCCAAUUGGGUUCAGAGGUGGGCAUAACUUCAAUGGCUUGGUCAUGUGAAAAGUUUAAAAUGGAGGAAGGCGACGACAACGAAGCGGGAGUAACGAAUUCAGCUGAAAGAAAAUUUGUGCUAGCAGUGUCAUUGCAAAAUGGUUACAUUUAUCUUCUGACCACAUUUGACGACGUGUCUCCAAUUCACAUAAACACAGGUCUUCAAGGACCUCUUUGUAUGGAGUGGAGCAAUUCUCGAGAAUUUUUAGCUGUAUCCGGCGUAACCAUUAGAACCUCACCCAACGGUCCACAAUUGGAAUACACCAAUGUAUUAAAAUUCUAUAAUGAAAAGGGAAUUUUACUAUAUUCAACAAUCAUACCAGAAACACAUACCCGUGUAUCAACUUUGACUUGGGGCCACAAUGAUAAAAGGUUGUUCAUAGCAACUGGGACUCAAAUUCAUAUAGCUUGGGUGUCCAAGAGGAUUGCCUCUCUUCAAUUACUGUGUCGUCUCCGCAUCCACGACAUGAUUCCCAAUGAAGCACACUUGUCUUUGUUGCCUUUACCAGUUCGACUCAGAAACAUCAUUGGGAAUCUGUUUGCUCAAACUAUAAGGUGCUGCAUUCCUGAACCAAGUGCUCUACGUGAGUUUGUGUCCAAACCUCCAAUAGGUUCAGUUCGUUUACACUGCACUAUGAUAAGACACGAUGAUGAGAACAAUUUAUCAUCCGGUACGUGUUAUACCCUUUAUCUGGAAUAUUUAGGAGGGCUUGUGCCUCUUUUAAAGGGAAAAAGAACUAGUAAAAUCAGACCGGAAUUUGUCAUCUUCGAUCCUCAAAUGGAAGAGACACAUUUACACAAUUCGGCAGAUUCAAAAAGUUCCUCAUCAUCUUCUAAUUCUGCCAGUGGAGGGGGUUGCGUUACAGACUCCUCCGAUACGGAACGCGAAGAAGGUUGUACAGGUUCCCCCAGAAUGCAGAGAAGGAAGAAAAGAAAGAACAAAAACACGUAUCUGUCAUACAAUGAAAGACAAUUCUUGAAGCAAGAUGACACGGAUCAAGAAGAUCUAUCAUAUGUGGACACACUGCCAGAGCAAGUGCGAUUGGUGGAAGUGACUUCGAAUAUCUGGGGAACGAAGUUCAAGAUCCACGGCUUAGCUACCUCCGUUCCAGCAAAUUUGGGCCAAGUGACGUAUAAAACAUCUCUUUUGCAUUUACAACCACGCCAGAUGACUUUAGUGAUGACCGAGCUUGGGGACGACUUUCCGGUCGGCCCGGAUCCCACCUUCAAUCCGAACCUGUUUUCGGAGGAUGAGGAGGAAAACCUGCAAGCCGACGUCAAAACUAAAGCGGCACGACUGUCCAUAGACAAUAGCCCCCCAAUAGCGCCGAUGAGUCCGCGGGGAAACUUAUUGGGCAAACAGAAGUGUUCGUAUCUCCACGAUACCAAUGUGAGUCCAACCGUCGCACCGCCAUCAAUCGCAAAUGAGUCUUAUGAAGAAAAAAAUUACGUAGAAAUUCACGAUAUUGUUAGUUGUAAUGAUCAUAUCCGUCCGCAAACAUCGGGAUGCACACAUUGUGCACAACCAAAUUUUCGUCCAAACAGUUCACAGAGCACCAGUUUCAUAGGCCAAUUUAAAAAUGGCAAUCAACAUCCAACCAAUCAGAGACAUGCCAUUUCGCCAAUUUGCUGUGAAGUAUCCGUGCCAGCCUUACAAUCACCUAAAAAUGCAGUGGCUCCUAGUGAUAUUAUAUUUGAUAGGCCACCAGCCCCUACAAUUAUUUCUUAUUCGCCAAGUGACUAUUUUAGUACCGUUAACAAUACGCUGCAAGUCAAGUCCAAUAUAACGCACGAUCAUUCCAAAAACGAUAUUUCUGUUACUUUUAAUUUAAACAAUGAACAGCACAAGCCAAUAGUUAUUAAAAAAGCUGAUCUAAGCUGUAGUAAUGGACCAGAUAAUGUUAAGAAGUUGAACGAACCGUUAUCAAUGGCAAGUAAGGAGUUAAAGUUUAUUGACGAAGAAAGAAGCAAUGGUUUAUCUGGCCCAUCUACAUCUAAAAAAUCCCCUCCGUCUACAUUUUUUAUAGAUCCAAUGGUUAGAAGCUGCAGCGUUGGAUAUCUAGACAUGGUUGAAGCACAAUUAGUACCUAACGAUGCCUCACUUUUGCUAUUGCGAAAAGACAUCCCAAAACGUUUAGUAUUAGUCAAUAAAAAACCAAGAACAAAACGUCAAAGCAGACUUAGUACUCGACAAUUGUUAGACAACAACGCGAAAAACUCGAGAAUGAAUCCAAAUCUGAAAAACUGCGGUAAAUCGAGAAGUCUAGACUCCAGUGAUAUUUUUCCAAAUAACGAAACGAACAGUAUUUCUAAUUUUAUUAUAAAUAAGGAGGAAGUUAUACACGAAGUGGGAGACACAGUACAGGAGAAACCAGUCGAUAAUAAACAAACACAUAGUGUGAACGUGGAAAGUAAUAAUAAAAAAUCAAACUUGAAAAGAGAUUUCUUUUCAUCACCUCUAAUGAGACGAAAGAAGGCUGAUAAUAAUAACAUUAACGUAGGAGAUAAGAAAAGUAGGGACAGGGGUAAAUCAAAAGAUACCAACCAAAACAAUGAGGUGGCUGCCACGGAGAAAAACGGUACUCCGAUCCAUACUCAAGCUUUAGCCAAUUUGGAAAAGUUAAUUACAAGGCUUAAGGAAGACAGCAAACCGUCUUCUCCUACCAUGUCGCCUAGAAUGCCUAGAAGCUCUCCAGCUUCUCCAUCGCCCAGUAAAAAAGGUAUUCGUCCUCAAUCAUCUUCUCCGAUAAGAAGAAGACUCCUGAAUUCGCCCCUGUUAGGUCGCAGGUACAAAAAGAAUAAGAACCAAGAAAGUUCGGAUGACGAGGUGACCGCAUCCGGUGACGAGGUCUGUAACGGUACCAAUUACAAGGACCUGGAAACGUUCCAGAAGUCACAGCUGAGACAAAAGUUGAAGAGGGGGAAAAUCGAGCCGAACGGGAGCAGUUGUAACAACCACGUCGUCCCCCAAAGGAGGGAGUUUGUGAUGCACAACAAGGCUCCUAUGUGGAAUGAGAACAGUCAGGUUUAUCAAUUGGAUUUUGGUGGAAGAGUUACACAAGAGUCUGCGAAGAAUUUUCAGAUUGAAUUCAGAGGGAAACAGGUCAUGCAAUUUGGAAGAAUUGAUGGAAACGCCUAUACUCUAGAUUUCCAAUAUCCAUUUUCGGCCCUUCAAGCAUUUGCAGUUGCUUUAGCUAAUGUUACACAGAGACUUAAAUAAUUUGUUUAUGUUGAAUGUGCCAAUUUCGAAAAAUGUACUUAAUGUCUUUUUAGUUAUUUCUAUUAUGUAUUGUAUUAAUUCAUACAAAAAGAUAUAUAUUUUAUAGAUUAAUGUUUGAAAAAUUUGUUACAUACAUAUAAAAAAAUGGUGUCGUUUUUAAUUAAUAUUUUUAUUGUAUUUAAAUGUUGAAUAUGAUAUUUCCAUGAAAUGCUUUUUUGAAU